UGCACCUAUUGUCAGUGUUUUGUUUCAAUCGUUCCAAACAAGUGAAAGUAUAAAAAAAAUGAAAAACGCGCUCAUCGUCAUAGCUCUUGCCUACAUCUCAACUGUAUCAUGUGCGCAAAACUACAUGAUCGAUUUCAAUAACGCCAAUUUAACAACUGACUUCGAUAGAUGUACCUCGUACAACGCUUUUAGAAUCGAAUCCUAUCAGGACAAGAAGUUGGAUUCGUACCGUAAUGGUUCCGAGACGUUUUUAAGCAACUCUGUUUACGGCGGAUGGAUGUGUCUUAUAACGAAAUCGACGUUCACUUUGGAAAGAGAUGCUAAGUUAUCCACGGCCAUCAAUGUGACAUCUCAGUCUGGUACUGGUCCGGCGAUUGUAGAGAUCCGAGUUUUAGACAUGGAUUCGGGCAUGGAAUAUGAUAUGAUAGAGACGGAAACAACUAAUCAGUGGAAACUGUUGUCUAACACCGUUGAUAAACGUGUCGAGAAUGCUAAGAUUGACGUAAUGGCUUUUGUGUCAAGUGGUGCCACUCUAGCUAUUGAGUAUAUCGAAAUUACGAAUCCACAGCAGGAAACGACAGUUGGAACGUCAACGGAAGUACCUACUGAGGCAUCCACUGAUGCAUCCGCUGAAACACCAAUCGAAAUUAUCGUUGAUAAAAAUUGGAAGGGGUCUUUAAACGCGUCCAUUCUAUUCAAAUUGAUUUUUAGUUUCUCCAAUUCAAAUGACACGACGAGCAUUUAAAUAAAAAAGUGCAUUGAGCAUCAUC